UGUUUUCUUUCAUGUACGCCAUUGUACGUAAUAUUCCCUCUAGCUUUGCUGACUGUGUCACUUCAGUUGACAACACAACCAGUCCUAUUGAUAUUCAACUGGCAAAGAAGCAACACGAUGAUUAUGUAGAAGUAGUAAAGCAACAUGUAAAGCAUGUUAUCCAAGUUCCUGAAGAUGAAAAUCACCCAGAUUGCUGCUUUGUUGAGGACAAUGCUGUUGUUGUACAGGAUAAAGCAAUUGUUAACUUUCUCGGGGCUGAAUCACGUCGCAAAGAGGUUUCUGGUGUUGAAAAUGCAUUAAAGGAGAUACCAGCCAUUAAAGACAUUGUUUAUAUGCAUGAUAUUGAUCCUGAGGCUACUUUGGAUGGUGGUGAUGUCUUGUUUACUGGUAAACAUAUGUUUGUGGGUUUAUCCAAGCGCACCAAUCAAGCAGGUGCUGAUGUGCUACACAAAGUCUUUUCUGAUAAAUGUCCUGUCUAUACUAUUAAGGGUCUUGUUGGUAAUGACUCUUUGCACUUCAAGUGCAUUGUUAGUAUGCUAAAUGAUCAUACCUUGUUGGUUACUGAUAAACAACCUGGAAACAAGGUCAUUCAAGAGAUUAAGGAUUAUACUCAAGAUCAUUAUGAGUUCAUCAAGAUACCUGAUCAAGUGCCUUCCAACAUUCUUAGUCUUGAUGGUGGUAAAUUUGUUAUUUAUCAACAAAACUAUCCAGAAUCAGAAAAAGUGAUUCUUAGCGAAUUAGAGCAGAAAAGAGGUAUUCAAGUCAAGUCACUCUGUAUGAGUGAACUCAUUAAAGCAGAUGGUGCAUUGACAUGUUGUUCUAUUCUUAUUCAAUAAAUAAAUGUUGCCAAAUUAA